AUGGAUAAGAAUAGUCAAUUGUCAGCGAAGCAUUCAAUGCUCUCGCUAACAUCGCCUACAAAGUUACAUGUUAUACCAAAUGAUAACAAAGUUGUCAAGCGGAAAGCCAAAAAGACGUUGGGGAACAUCACCAAUUCAAUCAACAGGCCAAAGCUCAUCAACAAAGGAGGAAUUCCACCUCUACUGAGGAGGAACUCGUCGUUUUUCAGAGAAGAAUCGCCAGUACACGAGUCGCUGACUGGGGCUCUGUACAGCACAAUGGAACAAAGCGAAGCAAACCCGGACAGGUUUAUACCGAAGGUGCAACAUUCUCAGAAUACCAAGUGUGUUGACCUGGAAGAGGACCCGGAAGAAAUAAGGCCACCGCCAAAUGCUUCCCCUUCGAAGCACUUGAGCGCACAAACCAAGAAAAUGUUCAAACAGAAAGUUGCAAAUGCAUGCGGUCUAGAUAUGAACCAGAGAAUAUUGCAGUAUAUGCCCCUACCUCCACAACCAUCGUUGGACCGCCCCAUUUUUUCCAUAGGAAGCAGACAGACUUACAAUUUUGAUUCGAAGUCCCAAAGGCUUGCGAAACUCAGGAAGAUCAACACGAACCCGGAAAGAAUUCUCGACGCACCUGGUUUCCAAGACGACUUCUAUUUGAAUCUACUAAGUUGGUCCAAGAAAAACGUAUUGGCAAUUGCAUUGGAUAAUGCCAUAUACUUGUGGGACGGUGAUUCCGGGGAUGUCAACCUAUUGGUCGAGUUGAACGAAAAGUGCAGCAGUUUGACUUGGUCGGACGACAGCUGUCACAUAUCCAUCGGAAAGAACGACGGGAACGUAGAGAUAUGGGACGCGGAAACAAUGACCCAUGUGAGAACCAUGAGAUCGGGGCUCGGUGUGCGCAUUGGGUCCCAAUCGUGGCUCGAUACACUUUGUGUUACUGGUAGCAAGAGUGGUGAAAUGCAAAUCAACGACGUGCGCAUUAAGAACCACAUUGUACAGACAUGGGACAGGCACCAAGGUGAAGUGUGUGGGCUCAGCUUCCGGGAAGACGGAAUCCAACUGGCAAGUGGCGCCAAUGACAAUACCGUUAUGAUUUGGGACACAAGGCAGAACAACGAUCCCAUUUGGACCAAGAGAAACCACAAGGCAGCAGUGAAAGCCAUUAGUUGGCACCCCGAGAUCACCAACUUGCUAGCGAGCGGUGGUGGGUCAUUGGACAAGCACAUUCAUUUCUGGAACACGACUACGGGGAACAGACUUGGUUCCAUAGACACGGGGUCCCAGGUGAGUUCAUUACAUUGGGGCCAGAGUUACUCAAAGCAUUCCAACAGCAUGAACACAGAAAUUGUGGCCACUGGUGGCACACCAAACAAUUGCAUAACAAUAUACAACUACGAGACUAAGUUCAAGGUAGCGGAAAUACCUCAAGCACACGAUUCGCGUAUAGUAUCGUCACAGCUUUCCCCAGACGGCACCACCAUCGCCUCAGUAGGAGGCGAUGAGAAUCUCAAAUUCUACAGGGUGUUCGAAGAAAGGCGUAGGAAGCGCCAUCUAGAAGACCGGACCCGUGGAUUCACCGACAAAUUAGACACUAAAUCACACGAUGACGACGACAACACUCAAAGGUCUCCUUCCAAGAGUACAUACAUCAUUAGGUAA